AUGAUCUCCGCAAUUUCUCUCCGGCCGGGGUCGGUCAAUUCCCUAGCCAGUGCACCUGUUGCAGUUCCUGAAAGCGCAGAGAAACCAAACUGCAGCAUCAGUGCAAAUAUUAUUGGUCAGGAUGAUUACCAAACCCUUACCUCCCAUAUCGCCGCCAGUGAGGACCAAUCUCAUCCCCCGGCAGGACAGUCGGCAAUCCAAUUCACAGAGCUCCCAGUUGAGAUCCAUGAGGUUAUUCUGGAUCAAAUCUUUGGCAAAAGAGCCUCCCUUAGUAACCAUUCAGCACAUGGUCAAUCUUCUGCUCAGAACUGGAGUAAGGCUCUCCACCAUCCGCGGCGAAAGGCCCUUUCCGACCUGGCCCUGACUUGCCGGAUGUGGACCGGACUUGUUCAAAGUCGAAUCUACCGCCAUAGUGAGUUUUAUCUGACUGUCAAUCUGAAGUUCAACGGAAUUGUACUAAUGACUAGCCUUUAUCUAGUCAAAAUCAAAGGCACCAACCGCGAAUUGAUCAAGUGUGUAUGGUGGUUCAAGCGAAACCCCCAUUUGACUCCAUAUGUCUGUCACAUUGAGAUUUGGAUGCCUAUCUGGGGAGAUCGGGUUGUUCGCCCUAAGUAUGCUCGCUCAAAUGCAGAGCAAAAUGGCACCCAUGCAACAGAACAUGUUGUAGAUAUGCAGACGAAUCAUGAUCAUAACCACGGAGAUGUUAUUUUUCGUUAUCACCGUGCAACCGGUAACACUUCGCUGGAGGAAAUCUUCUGGCUUAUUCAGUACCUUUUCCCUACUGCCCGGGUUCUCACCCUGGAGGGUGGCCACUGCAAGAAUGCGCCUAUGGUGCGGCAUUCCCGCUAUAGGGAAGCCAUGAACGGUCGGAAUCUACCUGUUCUUGGACAAAUACAGACACUCAUCAUGCGUGGUGCCUGGAACCUGAUGCGACAAGUUGACGACUGGGGCAACAUUUCACAAGCGUUGCCAGCUUUGAGUGAAUGGCAUUGUGAUUGGGUCCAACCCCGUCUGUGUGCCUACUUGAUCAUGAUGAGCAUCUUUAUCCAUACUCCACCUACCAUCCGACACAUCAAUCUUGGCCUGGAGGAAUUUUCCAACGCCAGUAAUAGGUUGCUGUCUGCGCUUUUCCGCUCUCAAAGCGCGCCUGCUCCGAUCUGUACUCUGCUUGGCGAGGCAAUCCCGCGCUUCGAGUCAUUUACCUACUCUGGUCGUGUAUGUUGGUACCUCUUCAAGAAAUUGAAGGAAGGGGCAACGGAAAUGGAGUCUGGUUCUCCUCUCAGGUCACUGGAUCUUUCAGUCAAGACGUGCUGUCACAAUCAGAAGGUAGACGGAUUGAAUCACUGGACGCAGAUGAGCUACGGGACACGUCCAAUUACCAGCAUUGCGUUCAUUCGUGAUUUCGAGGCAAUGGUGGUCAAGGCAAUCGAGUGCCUAUCUGUCCUCCCUGCCCUGGAGUAUUUGCGCAUCCGUUUCAUCAACCUCGACUCAAGCUGUCCGCCUCUGAAUCCGUAUUUCGAACUUGUCAAUAACGAGUGCACAGGCCUGUGGAGUGACGACAUCCUGGAAGCUUUGCGCGUGAACCGACCAUCUGCCAUGUUCUUCGCGCUUACAGAUGGAACAGGCAAUGAGUACGAUGACCAGCAGAUGCUGGGCGCCUUGAUGCCUCAACCUCGCCCUCUGGGUAUUCAAUUAAACUCGUACAGCCUUCUUGCCGACACCUCGAGCCCUUACUAG